CCGUCUCGCGACGAUCCACGCCGUCCGUCGCGCGCCCCGCCGCUAUUCGUUCUGUGAGGAGGAGCGUUCGGAGUAGCACCGCUCUGGCUGCGCGCGAGACACGGGUCAACGAGGCGACGUUCGCGUGGCCGUCCCGAUCUUUCCUGAGCGACAGAGACGAUGCUCGCGGAGUACCGCUGCACAGCCCGCAGCGCGUGACGGGGGAGGGGGGAGCAAGAGCAGCAGUAGCGGGAGGAGGAGCAGAGCAGGAACGCGCUCGUGCCCGUCUUCAGCCGCUGUGGAAGCCGGAGCAUCGGAGCGGCACGUUCCUGCAGCAGAGAGAAGCAGAGCGGCGCGACAUGUCCGGCACAUCCACCACGUCCUGGUGAGGGCUUCCACAGCGAGGUUCGCUCUCAUGUCCUGCAGCGCAGUGACGGAGCCGGACUCCCUUUCGUGGAGCGGAUUGUAACGUCACGGUGAGGAAGACGUGAGGAGGUCGUGUGUGUGUGACCUGGACAAUGUGCCUUGACUGCUGUCUCCGCAACUGUUGAGGAAAGAUCACCCACACCCCGGGGAGGCCAUGUCUCACCACCCUCAGCGCAGCCCCCAGGGUCGCACCCUCAGUGUGGAGGAGAGGACCACCACGCCCAUCCACAAGAGCUCGACGCCCACGCACAAGAGUGCCUCGUCGUCCUCUUCAUCGCAGCGGGAUAGUCGACAGGAGACAGACAGCUGGGAAAUAAUCGAGGGGCUGAAAAUCGGCCAAACCAACGUCCAGAGGCCGGACAAGCACGAGGGCUUCAUGCUGAAAAAGCGAAAAUGGCCACUGAAAGGCUGGCACAAGCGCUUCUUUGUCCUAGAUAAUGGCAUCCUGAAGUACACGAAGUCGCCCAUUGACAUUCAGAAAGGCAAACUACAUGGGAGCAUCGAUGUUGGAUUGUCUGUCAUGUCCAUCAAAAAGAAGGCCCGGCGGAUCGACCUGGACACAGAGGAGCACAUCUAUCACCUGAAGGUCAAGUCCCAGGAGGUGUUUGACGCCUGGGUGUGCAAAUUGCGACAUCAUCGCCUAUACCGGCAGAAUGAGAUUGUGAGGUCACCCCGAGAUGCCUCGCUACGCUCCUUCCCUCCACCUGCCAGCCGCCCUGAAUCCCCUCAGCCUGCCCCCACGGCAGGCCACGAAGCCAAGACCAAGCCGAGCAGCCUGCCGUGGCAGCCGAUGGCGCCGUCCAGCAGCAGCGCGGGCAGUCUGCCUGCCUCCUACAGCAACGGGCAGAGCAAGGUGGCAGCCUGGUUACAGGAGUGGGAAGAGAUGGACAAGUGUGCGGAGGAGCUCGCUCACUGCCAGUCGAACCUGAUCGAGCUCAGCAGGUUGCUGCAGAGCCUGGAGAUCCUGCAGAGGACGCAGUCAGCGCCCAGUUUCAGCGACAUGCAGGCUAAUUGUGUAGAUAUAUCAAAGAAAGACAAGCGCACAAGCAGAAGAUGGAGAACAAAAAGUGUCAGCAAAGAUGCAAAAAUGCAGCUUCAGGUGUUCCGCUCAUCUCCACGUUCAAGAAGUGUUAAAGUCCCUCUCAGUGCCACCAUGUCUCCGGUCAGGCUGCACUCCUCUAACCCGAACCUGUGCGCAGACCUGGUGGACUUCCCGAGUCCGGGGCCUCGCCUCACUGAUGCCAUCGAGUGCCCCCCAGACUACAUCAAGCUGCAGGAGGAUUUCUGUCUCAUCGCCCAGAAAGUUCACUCUCUCCUGAAGUCGGCUUUCAAUACGGUUGCUAUUGAGAGGGAGAAGAUCAAGCAGGUCCUUUCUGACCAGGAGAAACUGGGACAGACAGCCCAGAUUAUGACUCUGAGGAGGUCCUUAUCCCAGGCUUUGACCCAAAAUGCAGAGCUCCGAACCCGUUUGAGCCGCAUCCACUCUGAGUCCGUCCUCUCCGAGCAAGUGGUCAGCGUGAAUAUCAUUCCCAGCCCUGAUGAGGCCAGCGACCAGACCUGCGCAGGGGUCCCCCUCGCUCAGCAGACCUCCAACGAGAGCAGGCUCUCCAUGUCCGAGUCCGUGUCGGAGUUCUUUGAUGCCCAGGAGGUGCUUCUAUCCGCAAGUUCAUCGGAGAAUGAGGCAUCAGAUGAUGAGUCGUACAUCAGUGACGUCAGCGAUAACAUUUCAGAGGACAACGCCAGCGUGACGGAUAACAUUUCCAGGCAAAUGCCCAACGGCGAUUUGGCAGGCGGGGCCUUCCGAAACGGACGCCGCACCUGCCUCCCUGCCCCUUCUCCUGACACCAGUAACAUCAAUUUGUGGAACAUACUGAGGAACAACAUUGGCAAGGACCUGUCCAAGGUGUCUAUGCCCGUGGAGCUCAACGAGCCACUCAACACACUGCAGCACAUGUGUGAGGAGCUGGAGUACAGCGAGCUCCUGGACAAGGCUGCUGAGACGGAGAACCCCUACGAGCGCAUGGUCAUUGUCGCUGCUUUUGCAGUCUCUGGGUACUCCUCCACCUACUACCGAGCGGGAAGCAAGCCCUUCAACCCCAUUCUCGGAGAGACCUACGAAUGUAUACGGGAAGACAAGGGCCUGUGCUUUUUUUCCGAACAGGUGAGCCACCAUCCACCCGUCUCUGCUUGUCAUUGUGAGUCCAAGAAGUUCACCUACUGGCAAGAUAUGAGAUGGAAAAACAAGUUCUGGGGCAAAUCCAUGGAAAUCCUGCCUAUUGGGACAGUCAACGUGAUGCUGCCGAGGUUUGGCGACCACUACGAGUGGAAUAAAGUGACCACCUGCAUACACAACAUCCUGAGCGGGAGGCGCUGGAUCGAGCACUACGGAGAAAUCACCAUCAGGAACACGAGGAGCAGCACCUGCAUCUGCAAGCUUACCUUCAUCAAGGGAAACUACUGGAGCUCAAAUGUGAAUGAGGUGCAGGGCUUUGUGAUGGACCAGGAGGGAAAAGUGGUGCACCGGCUGUUCGGAAAGUGGCACGAAGGUCUUUACUGCGGAGUGCCCCCCUCGGCCAAGUGUGUCUGGAGACCAGGCUCCAUGCCCACGGAUUACGAGCUGUACUAUGGAUUCACUCGGUUUGCUAUUGAGCUUAAUGAACUGUGUCCCGAGAUGAAGGACCUGCUGCCGUCCACCGACGCUCGCUUCCGACCGGAUCAGAGGUACCUGGAGGAGGGGAAAAUAGAGCUGGCGACCACAGAGAAGCAGAGAAUCGAGGACCUGCAGCGGAGUAGGAGGAAGUGGCUGGAGGAGAACAACAUCAAGCACCAGCCGCGGUUCUUCAAGAAGGUGAUCGACGCCAACCAGAGGGAGCGCUGGGUCUCUAACAACACGUACUGGGAGCUACGCAAAGACCCAGGUUUCGGCAAACUGGAAAACCCCCAGCUUUGGUAGUGCUCAUACGACAGUGCUCAACAUAUCAUCAGCUCUAACAAGAGGCUCUUACCUAUGCACAAGGGUCCAAAAGCUCUCCUCUGCUGCUGUUACCGCGGAGUCGUACGUAGGGAAAGGUACUGCAGAUCUGGGCCCGUGCGUCGACGGCGUCUCUCACUGAAGCCAACGUGUCCCGUGGCGGCUUUGAGAGAGUGCCGUCAGAGCUCGUACGCUGAUCCGGAAGCUGUAACAGCUACUGAGUACGUCUUUGCCUUAAAAAAACAGCAUUGCUUUCAACAUACCUGGUACCACUAAGCUCACUGGAAGCUUUAAAUGGAAGAAAAAAAUCCACUGGAUUUGUCAAAGCGCUCUGGUUUCGACAGGUGCCCGAACUGGGCAACUGAGACAUCGCAUCCGUAGCUAAAAAUUAACCUUGCAUGUUUACCGGGGCAACUUUCUUUAGCGUAAUUUAUGUUGACGGAAAAUGUGAGAGAGAAAUUACUAUUUUAAAACACUGUCAAUAAUUAUGUAAAAUAUUUAAUUUUGCUAAUUAACAUUAGAUAACACUCCACAAAUCAAACAUAUUUGUUACGGUGGAAUAAUUCAUAUUUAUUUUAGAGAUGAGAAAGGCUGAAAAGUCAAGCUUGUGUCACAGCUGUUCUCUCUCGGGACAAGCGGUAACCAUGACGACGAGCGCGUUCCUUGAAAAGCCGAAAGACGGGAGCUGCAUUCGGUCGGCUUGAAGUUGAACAAUCAGUGAGAAUUUAGUCUCUUAUGCUGCGGGUGCCACUAUACUGUAGUGUCGUAUACUGAUAAUUUAUUAAUUUCUUCCCAUCCAAAGAGUUCAGUGGCGGUCAGUGACCAGCCUAAGAAUGAGUGAUGUUGCAGUGUGUCAUGUCUAGAAACGGCUAAGAAAGUAGUAGGAAUGUAAACACCAUCUCUGUUACCCCCAGCAGCCAAAACAGCUCCUAUUACUAAUACUGUUACCUAAGUGAUGGAAAGCGGACAUCGCAUGGCCCCGUGCAGGAAGGGGCACAGUGGUUAAAGACUUGGAAUGUAAUGGUGGCUGGUGAACAUCCCAUCAGGGACACUCCUGUAGUACCCUUGAACAAGGUAAAUGACCUGAAUCGUUCCCAUCAAAUAUUCCACUGUGUAAACGAUUCCGACUGUGUGUUGCUGGACUGUAAAGGUUUGCGGUACAGAGGCUCAGGAGUGAAAGUGAGGAGCGGUAGUCUGUCUGUGGAGACGCAGUGACCCAAACCCCCCUCAAGUAUGAGCUUGACAGGAUGCAAUGUGUAUUUCCUGGUGUUCAUUUGGAAACACAGCUGCAUCGAGUAGCCAUUUAUUUAUUGGCAACUAUACAGGAGAAGAAAACACACUUUGUGUGUUUACAUUGUCUGUUGUGCUUGUCAGAUAGAAAUCUCACUCUGGCAAAGGAAACCUUUUUUACCUGUUGGAAGGAAUUUAACCCGUAAAUGAUGUGCAGCACCGACCAGCGGAAUGCAGUUAGUUUUGGUUCUGGUUGCAGUUCUCAAGAGUCAGGAGGACAGGUUGGAGGUGCGGCGGCCAGAACGCUUCCGAUUGAUUGCGAGACGACACUCGAGAGUGUUAAAACACUCUGUUGUGACUUAACGCAACCAGGUAUGAACUUGAAUUCCUGUUUACGCCAUCUAAUGUGAAGAACAGCAGACUUGUUACUGAAAUUACACACAGCCAAAAGGGUGUGAAUUCAAAUAAUUGAAUGUUAAGCAAAAUUACCAUAGUUUUCCCCCAGGAGUAUAUAGCUCUCUAUGAUUUAAGGCUCCAAGAAUAUAAAGUUAGAUCAGUACUGUGCCUACUGUAAAAGAAGGCAAACCAAUCUCUCAUUGUUCGGGAACAAAUAUAAUGUAGUUUGCACACUGUAUCAGUUAAGGGACUCAGGAUUUUUGUGGCUUUUACUUUGCUUUUGUUCCAAUUUGUAAGCAGCAGCAGUUCACCUGGAAUACAGCGUGCAGCUGGGAAGGGGGGAGGCGGGAGCAGUUCGGUGUCCGCAAGGAUAACGAGGGAAGAAGUUUAUUUUAUUUACCCUUACAUGCAUGUGUGAGCAGGUGGCUACAGGAAAAUUUCCAUCAGUAUAACUGGUAAGAACUUUACCGCAAAGUCCAUACUUCAGUAGUUUCCUCCUUUCAUUGUAAUUGUUGAGAAAAUACCAAAAUAUUAGAAAACAGUUGUAGCUCAUUCAGCAACAGUUCAACUUGCUGUGCCUUAACACAUUUAUUAACCCCUUACACGAAUACGCGUUGCUACAGUAGCGUAGACCAGUGUGGGAAAAGAAUGCUACAAGCACUGUAUUUUGAGGUAAAACAUGGUACUUCAUAACCGAAUGGCCAACUGUACAUUCUUCCAAAUACCUGUCUAACUGCAACGGAAUAACCAUAACCAAUCAUUUGAGAAGUACAGCGAAGGGCGGUAAAUUGUUGCCCUCCGACUGGCAGUGGUGUGACGUGACACGAUACGAUAUGGGGAGCGUUUGGUGCUGUCGCUGGACUGCUGAGUGUUCAGCUCUCCUUUCCACGUGGUCUGCAGCAUGGUUUUUGUGGUCAGCAUGUAAUGAGACCUUGCGUGAGAGCCACCUCAGGUUUUCGCUCACGAGGGGACCCUGUUGCGCGCUCUCCCCCACCGGUAAAGACAGCACCUACUUUUUGUUUCGUGGUACCUUGAGCCAUCUGCUUCUGUCCCUCUGCUCUAUACUAACAAUCUCCAUCCGUUCACCUUAAAGCGUUGCUGUCAGAAAAGGUUUUGGACAAUGAUGUUCCACUUCAGCUUAGAUUAAGGUGUUUA